UUCUUAACCACUGCGCCACCAGGGAAGUCCCUCAUUCUGAUUUUGUUACAGUAAUUACAUGAUUUCAUUAAGUACUAUGGCAACCGAGGAACCGUGCGUGAAAAGAGAGAGUGAAAACUGUAAGCUGAGUGCUUUGGAAAGAGUUACUAUAAGGUGAUUCACUAGGGAAAAAAAGCUUGCUAGUAUUCCAGAAGGAUUCUGCUCUCAUCUUGCUUGUCCAGUGUCUUCAGGUUCCCCACAUGAGAGGGUGUGGUCUAGGCAAAGAACUUCUGGAAAUCAAGCUAGUGGACCCUUUCUCUAAGAAAGGACCUUUGCUUUAAAUGAAAAAAAUGGAUAGGUCUUUAAAAUUCUAUGUGUUUAGUGAGUUACUGCUUUAACCAAACUGCUCAGUUAACCAGCAGCUGACUGGUUCUGAUUAUAUGAAGUGAGGGCUUCUCUGUGUCCUGGCUUACCUGCUGUGAGAUUCUGAUUCUGUAGGACUAGGCUGGGGCCAGGUGUGACAAGCCCCUUGCUUUUAGGAGAUGAGGGACAGAGGCAGGUGACAUCGUGUUCAGUUUGGGCCCCAUCCUGCCUUCUGCUCCUCAUCCCUUCUUCCACGCAGAGUCCCCAGGAGUUACAAGGCCAGUGAUACUAGGAAGGUAACAUUUAUUAUCCACACCACUAUCCACACAAGUCCAGGAAGUGGGACAGAUCUUGUUUUUUCUACCCCCCCCCCCGCCCCCGCACUGAAUAUUAGGAAAUACGUCUUCUAGGAAAAAAAAUAAAAAUACAACGGAGCACCCUGGUAUGUUGUGCCUGCCAGAAGUAGAAAACAAUCAAAUCCUGUGUAGCUGAGACCACUUCUUCCCUGGGGCGAGUCCGUUUAUUUUCAAGCCUAGCUUUUUGCAUUUCCUGUGGUCAGUUGCACUUACGGUGAAUAACGUACUAAUUUUUAAGAUGGAGUCAGCUCCAUAUGGAAGGGAUUGGUCGAGUGUCUGCUACUUUCUGAGGACAGCAAGUUUCUCUCAACAAGAAGGAUUUUGAUAUCUGCGAUCAGAAGUAGCAGUCUUUAUUAAUCUAAUAUGUUCUGUUGAGUGGUUGUUUCAGUGGAACGUUUGAUAAGCAGCUGGCAAAUUUACUUUCCCGAGUAGGCUGUAGCCUUGGAGAUGGUUUCGCACAGCCCACGAGAUUGUCGUAUUUUAGAACAGUUUCAUAAUGUUCUACAGUUCUUUCACUGGAUUUUUUGUAUUUUCCUAUCCUUAAUUUUUUUAACAUGUUAAACAGUCCAACUCAGCAACUGUUAAGUUUUCUCAUAGAAACUCAGGGAACAUUUGGAUUGAAUCAAGCCACACUGGGUUGUGUUUACAGGUCACCUCUGGGAUAUUAUAGGCUUAGAUUACAGACUCCACCUGAAAGCCCGCCUUCAAAUGGAAGACUCUGGUGAAAUAAGUGCAUCACUGGGAAGGUCUUUUCACUGAAUGGAAGAUGAAUUUGGGUUUUCUGAUAACCUAACCUUUAGUAUUAAAGCCCAAACUCAAAUUGCAUGUGACUUUGGUGAAAUCUACUGUAAAAUUAAUUGGUGAGCUAGAUCAGGUGUAGCACAACAAAAGGAAACGAGGUUAACCUGGCUGAAUGCGUGCCAACCUUUUUAUCACCUAAUCCAUAAGCCUGCUAUGUUUAAAGUCUGAAUGCAACCUGAACUUCUCUAGUGGAAAGUAAAAGGCUAAGAUUUCUUUCAUUCUGUAUCUUUGUAUUAUAUAUAACUUUCUAUUUAAUUUUAUUUGGAGAGGAAAGUAUCAAAAUCAAAAUGAAUCUCCCACCAAAAGGAACCAGUGUUUCUCUGAGAAGGACCCACCUGAGUUAGGGGCAGCAAAUGUACAGAUUGGUCUGGGACAUCUUGUUUUACCAGAGAGCAGGGCAGCUGUCAAACCUCUGGGGUAUGUCAGCCUGAGAGCCAGCUCAAAGUGUCUCCCACUGGCCACGGACAGUUUGAGCAUUAGGAAGAUUAAUGACUACAGCUGAUUAAAAAUCUGUUACUUAAUAAUGACACCUCCAGAAAAAGCUUAUUGGUCGUUUUUGGAGGUUGCUUGAGCACUAACUCAAUCUUCUAAAAGUUGGCUUUAAAAGUGGAGGGGUGGCGAAAUCAAACAUUCAUCCUGCUUUCCCUGUGUAAAUUAUUUCCGAUACUCAAACAGACGAGGCAGAAUGCUCAGAGGAAUUCAAGCCAAUACAUACAAAAGAUGAAAUUAAAGAACUUUUAGUAAGUGUAGUUACAGCAUUGUAGUUGAAGUUAUGAAGUUCUUGCCCAUUAAAGAUACAUAUUAAAGUUUUUACGGGUGAAAUGAUAUUAUGCCGAGAUUUGCUUUAAAAUACUUCCCCCCCAAAAGUGGGGCGUACAGAAGAAACAAGACUGGCAAAUGUCGCUAAUGGCUGAACCUGGGAGAAGGGCGCACGGGGAUUCAUUAUACUUACCUCUGCUUUUGCUUUGUGUUUGAAAUAUCCUAAUAAAAGGGUAAAUGAGAGGCAUAAAUAGAAAUGAAAUUUAGGUGAUUACUGGAACUUGAAAAUAGAGAAGUGGUGGUAGACUGGGUUUUGUGUAGUGUAGGGUAGGUUCUGUGGCAUAAUUCGUGGUGUAAUCCUGUAGAAAACAUGCCUGGAGACAGAAUGCCCUAACUCUUAAUGUCAUACCUCUGGAGUUACUUCCUGGCACUUGUGACUUUGGUAAUCUCUUAAACCUCCCUAAGAUUGCAUUUCCUUUUUCCUGAGUAAAAUGGGGACAAAUCUGUCUCACCCUCGCUGAGAGGAUUAAGGAGAUAUAACGCGUGAAGGGACGGUGGCACAGUGCCAAGCACACGGUGAGAACUCAAGAAAUGUUCACAGAUAUUGUUGAACUGUGUCAGGUGCUGGCGAGAGUGAAGCUGUCACGUCACCACAAGUUGUCUUACUUAAAUCUUUUAAGUUCGCAUCUGUUUGAUUUUUUUUUUCCCCUGAACCUUUCUUUUUAAACUUUUCAUUUUAUAUUGGGUAUAGCUGAUUAACAAUGUUGAUAAUUUCAGGUGUACAGCAGAGGGAGUCAGCCGUACGUAUACAUGUGUCCUCCUCCCCUGAGCCUUUUCUUGGAAUAGCAAAUGCAGUCAGGGCUACAGGCUGCAGUACAGGGUGAAUGGCGCCCUCUGGAGUUAGGCCCUGUGAGCUGAACACCGCCCGUCUCUGUGGCGGUCUUGACGCGGAGACAUAUGCUCAGGAGGACAGACUGUGUUCUGGUUGUUGUUCCCCCAGAGCCUGGCACGUAAUGGUGCUUCUUAAGUAUUUCUUGAAUGAAUGAAUGAAACGCGCAAGCCGCUGUGUUGGAGCACGUUGCGGUGGCUGUUAUGAGCCAUACAUAGUCUAGGUGCUGGAGUUCAUGAGUGACUUAAAAAAAAAAAAAAGAUGUGUAAAGUAUUGUGGCUUCCAGGCCAUCACAAUCAUAAACAUUACUCCCACAUUCUACCCGCCUCUAAUGAGUCUCCACAUGUGUGUUGCAUGUCUGAUGUCUACGCGGUAAUGGGUAGUUUCGCUUUGGAGCAAUCACUGUCAUAAUCUUAAUUUUUUCCCUUUAUGCUUUUUUUCCAAACUGUGAUCACUCCUGUGGUAAAGUAGGGGUGCAGAUAGUUUCACCUGGUUGGUUGUAAUAACGAGCAUUCAUCUGUGAUGUUACUGUUUAAAAAUUUAUUAUAAACAUUCAAAGAAGCUAAUCUUCAGAGCAGCUUAGCAAGGUUUUAACAACUGGCAGGUGUGGCCUGAGGCCCAGCAAUCAGGAGUCCUCCGGAUUGAGGUGGACACAGACUUAGCAGCAUGGGUACUGUGCUGGGUUCUGGGUAUCGGGGAGUGAACAGGGCUCAGUUUUCCUCUUAAGGGGCCUGAUGUUCUCAUCAGAAGGGUGAGCGUGAACUCAGACGUCGUUGUACUUCCUGGGAAAAGCCAUUCCAGUUCUGUCCGUCAGGCCUUUGGCGAGACAGGGCACUCAGACCCCCCCAGGGCUGGUGCAGAACGGGCCACAGGUGUGCACUUCUCAGCCUCAGGCCUGAGGGAUGGGGCUGGGUGUGGAGAACGAGAGAGGGGGCUGCUUUUGAUUGGGGUGGGGGGUUUGGUCACCUACAGCGACCCCAGAGGAAGGGGACCCAGAGAACCCCCUCCUCAUUUCACUCUCGUCCCACCCGCAGUCCCCAUCGCUGAAUCCAGCUAGAACCAGAAGGCAAGGGGCCUAAGUGGUGGAUGUGGUUCAGCCAGUUGGCCCCUGGGGCACAGAGCAGGAUGGAGAGUGGAUCUCAAGGAGAGGUGGAAGAUUCCAGCCCUGGAUUAAGUCCUCUGGUUGCCAUAACACAUUACACAACUUGGUGGCUUAAAACGAGACAAAUUUAUUUUCUCACAAUCCGGGGGACCAGAAGUCCUAAAUCAGGGGUGUCCAUGCUCCCUCCGGAGACUCUAGGAGAGAAUCCGUUGCUUGCCUCUUCCAGCUUCUGGUGUUGCUGGCCUCCUUGGCUUGUGACCGUAUCACUCCAUUCCCUGCCUCUGUCUUCACAUGACUUUCUCCUCUAUGUGUUCUCCUCUGUGUGUCUUGUAUAAACCCACUUGCCAUUGGAUUUAGGACGACCCAGGUAAUCUAGGAUGACCUUUGUCUUCUUUAACUUAAUUACAUCUGCAAAGAGUCUUUCCCCAGAUAAGGUCACAUUCCCAGGUUCCAGGGAUUAGAAUGUGGACAUUUCUUUUGGGGAGCCACUGUUCAGCCCACUACAAGCAGCCGUCACUCUCGCAGGAGAGUUAAAACGCCAUUGUGAUACAGUGAUAGCUGUUGGUGUGACUUUGUUUAAUUUGUCUUCAGUCGAGGGGCACUCCGCGAGGGCAGGGUCCGGCCUGCCUCGUUCGCCCCUGUGUCCAUCGCCAGCCCUGCCCAGGGUCAGCGCGUAACAGUGCCUCAGAAAAUCAUUUUUUGGAUGAAUGAAUAAACUGAUGAACGGACAAGCACCGUGAACUACAAUACGGAGUAAAACCAGGGGUGUGCUCUGUGAGGCCACGAAAAAGAGCUCAGAUGUCACUGUGUGCUGAAGGAAAGCCAGUUCAGUUAUAUCAGUUGGGUCUCUGGCGCAACAGGGGGCGCUCAGCUUGGGGGAGUCGAGGGGCGUUUAGUAAAGGUGUUCUUUACAAGGAGAUGGUGGGUGUAGACCCCUCAGGGCUGGUGCAGUUCAGCUUCGAGCUGAACGCUUACAGGGAUGGAUGGAGCGGUGAAUUGUGCCUCAGAGAGCACCCGGCGAUCAGGGAGUGAGAGCGUGUGUAGCUUUCCGUGCGGCUCUCGGAGUCGAAAAAGGCCCAGAGCCACAGCCAGGGCAGGGCCUUGAGGAGGGGCGUAUAAGCAGGGGCUCGAGCAAAGUUGUUGGUGAGGAGUGUUUUAUCUACCAGACGGAAUGUUUACUUGUUAAAUAAAAUGGGAUCCUUUACUUUGUACAAAUACUAGGCCUCUUAGCAUCGCAGUAGGUGAGAGGGCAAACCCGUGUUUUUUUGGUUUGUUUUGUUUUUGGGCUGCAUCUCGUGGCAUGCGGGGAUCUAAUUCCCUGAGCUGGGAUCGAACCUGUGCCCCCUGCAAUGGAAGCGCAGAGUCUUAACCACUGGACUGCCAGGGACAUCCUCCAAACCUGUGUUUUUAUCUUAGUUCCCGUGUCCUUACUGGGUUUUGAGCAUUUAAAGAACUUCAGUACGAUCAAGAAUUUCCAUCUAUUUUGUUGAAAUUUGCUCACAUAAUCCAAUAAUGUCAUUUACUUUGUUAUGAUAAGGAUUAUAUUAUAGUGUAAAGGGGGAGUAAGGGACUACUCUGAGUAUUUUCCCAUAAAAGAUUUAGCUUGGAAACAUAGGCAGAUUUGCCCAUUGUAGUGUUUAUAGGAAGGCACAGUUAUAAUUAUAGUUGAAGGGGCAGACAGGCCAGCUUAAAUCAGAACUUCACAUUGUGGAAGCAUCUGGUUUGGAAAACAUCCACUGCAGACCCAAACCUUGACCCAGCUCUGGACAGUGGGGUGCAGGCAGGCCCCCGUCCUGGCCCCGAGUGCCUCUCAAUUGUAACCACUGCGUGUGUCAUGCAGAGGGGAGUUUAUGUCUGUUUUCCUCCUCACCAACUUUAUUUUCUUCCACACUCCCCCAACCCAAAUAAUGACCUGUGCAUUUGAGGUAGAAUGUACAUUCUGUGAAAAUGUCAUACAGUGAUGUAAGCCUCCCACUCUGCCUGGACCAGUAUAUGUAAAAGACCUUGGUUUUUUGUUUGUUGUAAACAAAGGCAGCUUAUCUCCCUAGAGCCUCUGCCCUUCUGGUUCUACUAAUACCUAACAGGUUUUUUUUUAAAUUAAAACAUAAUUACUUUCUAUAAAUUUAUACAUGCUUAUUAUAAAUGAUUCAAACACUAUACACAAGUAGAAAGAGGAAAGUAAAAAAAAAAGUCGCACCACUGAGAGGUUGCUGUUAGCUUUGGGUGACCAUCCAUUGAGACAGCCCUGCUCACGGAUGGACAGAUGGGCAGAAGUCACUGUAUAAAUGGAUCUUACUGUAAAUGGUGCUGUCACACGUCUCAGUUUUCUUUGAUUUUGAACAGAAAAGGAAACUGAAGUGAAACUGAGUACAUUUAUAAAAAUGUUUCAUUACCACAGUUUAUUUCCUGAAAAGAUUUCUCUGUGGUUAAGAAAAAGAAUCAUGAGAAACCAUCAAGAGGCUGGGACCCAGUUUUCAAUUUCAGGGCGUAUGGCUCCGCACGCGGCCUCCUCUCGCACGGGUCCUCGGAUCAGGAGGAUGGGGGCUGGAGAGUCAGACUGCACGUCAUCCAGGGUGGCUGCCACUUAGGCCUUGCUGAGUGUGGUGUGCAGGGUCCCCCCGAGUCCUUUGCAAACGACAGAACAAGUCUGGCUGCUUCCUCCCAGUUUUCCUCAACUGGGAUGAUGAAAAGGAAUGUUGGGGAGGAAGGUCUUUCUCUAAUGCAGCAUCAAAGGCGUGUUUGGGCACCGAUGCUUGUGCUGGAAGAGCUUUAUCAGAGGCUUUUCCCCACUUCAGCCUACGCCCUGGCCACCGCUCCCGCCACCACUGUCUCCACUGUCCACCUGGAGAGGGUGCGGGUGUGCCCUGGGUGGCCACUGAGAAUUUCCUGAUAGUCUUGUAAAAACAUCUGAGCACCCGGGGAUAGAAAGAGCACAGCCAGCGUGACGGUCGUCUGCAUUGGUUGGAAUUUUAUUUUGCCUCUGCAUUUGGCGCAUGACAUGUUGUAGGAGAAGUGAUUCUGACCUGACUUGGACCCCAGGAGAAUAAACUUUAUUCGUAGAUAUAUUUUAGGGUGGAACUGUGAGGCAAGGAUCACCUGGGGGCUUUGAAGACACUCUCUAGGCCUGGGUCCCCUCCUAGAGAACUGGGCUCAUCUGGGGCUGGUCUGGGCCUGGGGAACUUGUCAGUGCCCCCUUGCCUUCAGGUAGUUCAGCUGAUGCUGAGAACCCCCGUGGUAGGCUGGCACUUGGCGGUGCUAGGAUGGUGUACUUCCCUCACGCGAUGCCUUUCCAGUGGCCCCUCGGGACCCCUGUGCUUGUGGUCUGCCUGCGCUGAAGACUUGGGGAAACUCCUGAUCGGAUGGCCCUUAGAUCCAGGACGAGUGAGACCCUCCACCACAGUCCCUAAGGGUUCCUCUAUUACGGGAGCCCGUCUGUUGCAUAAAGGAUUUGGGGCAUUUGUUGCUUGGCAAGCACAGCUCAUGGUUUUUUUCUUUUUGACUCUGCGUUUUGUUACCCACCUAGCUUGCCAGAUCCAGCCUCAAGUGACUGGCUUCUUAGGGGCUGAGAGGGCCUCUCUGAUUGAUUCCGCAGAUCCUUGCUGAGUGGCUGCUGUGUGCUGGCUGUUUGGCACACCACAGAUGACGGGAUACCCAAAGGGGGGUAACAGUGAGCGGGCGCACAAACGUAGUGCUCACUGGUUGCCAUUGGUGGCAGGAAGGAAACAGGUGCUGUGACAGAGGGCGGCUGCUGGCUUAGCGAGGACGGCCAGGGAGGCCUCUGCAGACAGGGCGCUCAGCUGGGACCGGGCAGUGAGGCGGAGCCGGGGGCCUGCUCAGGGAGAGCUUGGCUGGUUCUCAGAACUGCCGGGCCGGGGCGAGUGAGGACCAGGUCACCCCAGGGCUCAGAGGUCAGGGCCUGACGAGUUCGGCUCCAUUUUCGCUGAUUCUCAGUUUAAGAAUAGGAGGGUGCCUGUUCCUCUCAGUUCUCUGGGCCUCACUCAGGGCCUGACAAAUCACAGUUGCUCGGUAAGUGUUUAUUGAACACAGAACUGAUUGAGUCAGAAUGAUGGCAUGCACGGGGCAGUGGGUCCUGACGGUGGCCUUGAAUACCUGCCCCUUCCCGUCCAUCAGAUGAGACCAGUCGGAGCAAAAGAUCUCAUCAAUAGUCUGUCUUAUUUAUUUAUAAUUAAAGUUUAAAUUUUGAGAUAAUUGUAGAUUCACAUGCAGCUGUAAGAAAUAACACAGAGAUCCCGUGGAGCCUUCACCCGGGUUCCCCCACUGACAACAUCUUGCAAAAUUCGAGUCCACUCCCAAGCCAGAAUUUUGACACAGAUAUGGUCAGAGCAGGGCACCGUGGCCACGAGGAGCCUUCCUGUCGCCUCGUACAGUCACUUCCCUACCCCCAACCACGAAUCCAUCUCCAUUUCUGUAGUUUUGUCCUUUCAAGAAUGUCGUAUACACAGAAUCUUGGAGGCUGUGACCCUCUGGGCGGGUUUGUUUCUUUCGCGUAGCCUGUCCCCUGGAUCUCCGUCCAAGUUGCACGUGUCUCAGUAGCCCAUUCUUUCUUAGGUCUGUGCUCUGCUCACGGUGUGGGUGUGGUACUGCAUUUAGCCGUUCACCUGCUGAAGGACACCUGGGUGGCUUCAAGCUUUUGAUCACACAGAAGGCCGUUCUGAACAUUCACGUGCAGGCUUUUGUGUGAACAUAAACUUUCAUUUCUCUGGAAUAAAUGCCCAGGUGUACAAUUUCUGGAUGGUAAGGUAGUUACCUGUUUUGUUUUAAAAGAAAUUGCUGCGCUGUUUUCCAGGGUGGCUGUGCACUGGUUGGCUUGCAUGUUCCCUUAAAUGGCUUCAUCGAAGGAAAGGCUCUUCUGCAGGACCUCUGGAUGCAAUGUACCUGGAGGCCGAGCUGCUGUGGGUAGGGCUUGGGGCGGUGCUGGGAGCCCCCCAGGACCCCUCCACAGUCUGCAGGACCAGGAGCCCAGUUAAACUAGGUCCUUCCAGCCCUCACAGUCCUUGCUGGCUGAAAGCAGCAGUGAGAGAGGGGAGAGUGUUUCCGCCGUGCUAGUUUGAUAGUAUUGAGCUAGAGGCUGCAUUUUCUGUUUGAACUUAAAUUUUGCUUUACCCUGAGCCUAAUCUUGAGGGCCCUGCCCUGUGGGCCGUGCGAGAGAUGCAGACUGUGUGUCUGCUGAGGAGAGGAGCCCCCCACUCGGUGGUCAGGGCCUCCUGCUAGAGACCUGCAUCUAAGGCUCUUUCUUUGUUCUCACACGUGUGUGUGUGUGCGCGCGUGUGCGUGCACGCGUGCUGGGAAUUGUGCGCUAGCGCCAAAGGGUAUGGCUGGAGGGGGAGGGGUUGAAGCGGAGGCAGCAAGGCCAGGAACCUACAGUCAGACGAGCAAGAGGAAGGAAGUAGCAGCGAAAAUAGCCUGGGUGGGGCGGGGUGUAGAAAAUAUCAAGGGGAGGGCAGGAUGGCUGGUGUGGGGCUGACGGAGACCUUUGGAGAGAAACGGGGGCAAAUAAGACUUCAAGUCCAGAAAGCGAGGUGGCUGCAGGCCGUGGAGGAGCCCCUCAGCAGCAAGUGGAAAGGGGGCUGAACUAGAAACGCAGAAUGUUCAGCUUAACAAAGAAAUGACGCUGGCCAGCAACCGGAGCCUGGCAGAAGGAAACCUUCUCUACCAGCCCCAGCUGGACUCUCUGAAAGCACGUUUGACCCAAAAAUACCAGGAACUCCAGGUGCUCUUUGAAGCCUAUCAGAUAAAAAAGACCAAAUUAGAUAAACAGUCCAGCAGCGCUUCCUUGGAGACCCUGUUAGCACUUCUGCAGGCGGAAGGGGCCAAGAUCGAGGAGGACACCGAGAACAUGGCAGAGAAGUUUCUCGAUGGAGAGCUUCCCCUGGACUCCUUCAUUGAUGUCUAUCAGAGCAAGCGGAAACUGGCCCACAUGCGAAGGGUUAAAAUCGAGAAGCUCCAGGAGAUGGUGCUGAAGGGGCAGAGACUUCCACAGGGCCUGCCACCGGCCCCGCUGCCCCCCAGGGUGCCCGAGCCAGCGCCCACUGCCCCCCUGCCCUACCCCUCCCCGGAGGCCAGCGGGCCCCCCUCCGCGGUGCCUCGGCGCAUCCCUCCCCCACCGCCCCUGGUGCCUGCGGGACGCUUAGCCACGCCGUUCGCCGCUGCCCUGAGCUCAGGACAGGGCCCCCCGCACCCAGUGGCGCAGUGCCCACCGCUGCCCCCGCGCGGGGGCCUCCCCGCACAGCAGGGCUUCUCCCUGCAGCAGUUUGUGUUGCCACCGUACCCGCCGGCGCUGCCCCAGAGACCCCCGCCCCGGCUGCCUCCGCACCAGCCAGGCUUCAUCCUCCAGUGAGCGGCCCUCGUCCUCCCCGUGAGACUCCCUCGCCGGCGCCUGCUGGCCGGGUCCGCGCACGCAGAUGGAGGCCGUGAGCACCGGCUGCUCUGCCAGGGGCUCUGGUGCUCGGGCCAGGGCGUCCAUCUGGUUGUAGAGCCGUAGGUCAGUGGUAAGCACACGUAGAACCCUGGUUGUGGACACCUAGGCGGUUGUGCGCUGGGCCUCAGCCGGGCAUCCCGUGGUCGCGCUGGUUUGUGUUCUCGGUAUGAUUCCUCAGUCUGGCGUUGAAUUUGUGAGUUUGGGGAAAGUCGUCGUCUCCCCCCCCCCCCCCCCCCGCCUCCGUUCCCACGUAGGAUCGUGGUCCUCCCGUUGCAGCUUUAUUUAAUAAGCAUGGUUCAUUAUUUCUGCUUUAUUUUCAAGACAGUUCUGUGGGUCCCAGCCCACUGCCCACCGCGGCCUCUGGUGGGGGCCGGUCGGGUGGGCCAGCCCGGAAGGUGCUUCCUGAACCCAUGUGGGGCGGGCAGUCCUCAGAGUCCCUCCCUCCCCCGAGCCUGGAUGCUUCAAAGCCACCCUCAGAGUUUGCACUCGGCCCCCUGCCACGUCCAGGGGCCGGGCGAGCUGCGGCGGGUGAGGAGGUGGCCGGGAGCUGAACUUGGCACAGCAGAUGACGGCCCCAGCUCCUCCUCUGCCUCCGCCUCGAGCCAGCCCGAGGCUCUCUAUGAAGAAGUACUCCUCCAAUAUUUUUACUAUGUGUGUGAUUUUCCUGUUUUAUAUUGGGAAAGAAAACUUUUUUGACACUCAUAAGACCAUUCAGGGAAACUUUAUGAAAAAUGCACAUACUGUUCUGAGCAGGUUGAGAGUGCAGAUGAAGUGAACGCAGUUUCCUUUCUUGCAAGCAGUGCACGGUCGCCCCCGCGGGGCCCGUGCUGUGCCUUAGCUUACCUGGUGCCAGGAGUGGCCGGACAGGCGCUGGGGCGGCGUCACCGGCCGCUGCUGCCCCGGCUCUGCGUUCCGGGAGGGGCUUGUCUGCGUUCCUUGUUGUGUUGCAGGUGGAAGAAAAGCCCACCCGCCUUGAACCAGAAUGCCCUUAGCCAAUAUUCUCUGCCUCUGGCUGGGCCUUGGGGCAGGGGUGUGACAGAGGGAUGCCAGCAGCAUCUCAGCUCAGUCUGGAGAAAGCCUGCCCCUCAGUGUUAGGGAGGUACCAACAAUCUCCGAUGCUCUGGCAACACCCCGGGCUGUGCCUGCCCCCUGGGUUCUCAUCCGCACGUGCCACGUGUGCCGGAUUCCCAGGGCCCCAGGCGGGGCUGGGGGUAGCGUUGCCGCCCACCUGUUGACCAAAAAAGGCCCGUGUGCUCAGUUGUGGAACUCCUGACUCUGGCCUGUGACUCCCCAACUGGCUGCUGCCCAGGUGACAGAAUCCAGGCAGAGCUCAAAUGGGGUCUGUCCCGGCAGGCCCUGGGCGAGGCCACCAACCUUUGUCCUCAGUUACUGUACAUUUCUACUCCUGGACUUGAACUCCUGCUGUAUUGUAACUGUUUUUAAAGAGAACAGCUGUAUAGGACGAUUUACUGCCCUGCCAAUCAGGUGGGCCUGUUAACGCCUGUGUCUCUCGAGAGUGGUGCCACCCAGCCCUUACCUCUGCCGCCUGCAAGGGGCGCAGCCAAACGUGUGCGCUCGGUGUUGAUGUGGGGGAGGGGCCGCCAGGCUGGCCUUGCCGUCUCCAGGGCCACAUCUGAACUGUGCUUGUAAAGCUGUUAAGACCCCUUUUAAUAAAUAGAGAAUUGUUAAUAA